GGAAGGAAAAGUCGACGGCUUUUGGUUUUGGCUCAUACUUACUGUGGAGAAAAGGAAAACUCGUCUACAACAUGUCUAAACUACAGUCGCUUCGUGUGUUCUUGAAUGAGCGCUUAACGGCGGCCGCUGUAGAGAUUUUCGGGGUAGUUGAGAACACGGUAGUGGGGUACCAGGAGGAGAAUGAUCGGCUACGGAGAAUGCUUCGGAUCACACCAGAGAUGGAGCUACGUAGAAUAGACUCCCUGCAGUUCUCUCUCACUGAAGAGGAGGUUCCCCAGGAGAAGAAGAAAUUCGAACGUCAGUGGAACCACAGUCUGGGGCAGGAGGACCCAGACACCAGACAGAUUAAAGAGGAACAUGAGGAGCUCAGGAGCGGUCAGGAGGAAGAGCUGGAGGCUAAUAUCAUAGAAUUGAAAUGCCCUCAGCCCUCUAUUAAAACUGAAUUUGAUUAUGAUCCGUUUCAGUCCAUGACUCUCCCCCAAACCCAGACUGUAGAGAAAGAAGAGAGUGACUCUAGACCAGUGGAUCUCCAACCUUUCAGCACUGUGACCCACCUGAGGGGUCUUGACAUUCCCUGUGUACCUCCAGAUAAUCUCAAUCAUUUCUCCAGCCACAGCUCAGCUUUAAUCAGAGACCCAGUAGGACUGGACUGCAGUCUACCAUUGGACCAGCUGUCUACCAUUGGAACAAAAUCUGCAAAACUCAGCAAUAAAACUCGAAAAACUAUCCAUUGCCGUGACUGUGGGGAAUCCUUUAUUCUAAAAGCUGACCUGCAGAGGCAUGUGACUCUAACCAAGAAGAAGCCUGGUGAAUGUGACUCCUGCAGGAAACACUACAACUCCACCUGUAAACUGAAGGCCCAUGUCAGACUCUGUCACAGUGAGAACCCUGGGCCCUGCCCCGUUUGUGGCAAAACCUUCAAACUAAUUGGAGAUUGGUCCAAGCACAUGAGGAUUCACACAGUUGAGAAACCUUUCAGCUGUGGUGACUGCGGGAGAAGCUUCCGUCAGAAGGGGAACCUAAACAGUCAUAAGCUGACGCACACAGGUGAGAAGCCAUUUUGUUGUGGCGACUGUGGGAAAAGCUAUAGGCGCCAACAGCAUCUAACAACUCAUAAACUGACUCACACUGGAGAGAAACCCUUUGUCUGUGGCGACUGUGGGAAAGGCUUUAAUCGCAAGGAGGUCCUAACCAUGCAUAUAUUAACUCACACAGGAGAGAAGCCAUUUAGCUGUGAUGACUGUGGUAAAAGCUUCCGUCUCAAGGGGAACUUAAAUAAGCAUAGACUCACUCACACUGGAGAGAAACCCUUUGUCUGUAGUGACUGUGGGAAAAGUUUUAAUCGCAAGGAGGUCCUAACCAUGCAUAUACUGACUCACACAGGAGAGAAGCCAUUUAAUUGUGGUGACUGCGGGAAAAGCUUCAGGCAGAAGCGCUCCCUUAAGUUACACAUACAGGCUCACACAGGAGAGAAACUAUUGUGGAAGAUUAACUAAUCAUACACAUAAUACACAGAUCAGCCAUAACAUUAUGGCCACUGACGGAUGAAGUAAAUAACACUGAUAAUAUCGUUAUCAUGGCACAUGAAAAAGUUAAUGCUGAUACUGAUAGAAAGGUGUCAGAACACUCAGUGCAUCGCGGUUUGUGUGCUUAUAGGGCUGUAUAGCCUCAGACCAGUCAGGGUGACCAUGCUGAUCUCGGUGAAAGCACCUACAAUGGGCACGUGAUCAGAACUGUAUCACAGAGCAAUGGAAGAAGAAGGUGGGCUGAUCUGAUGAAUAACAUUUUCUUUAACAUCACGUGGAUGACCAGGUGCGUGUCCGCGUCGCUUACCUGGAGAACACAUGGCACCAGGAUUCACUAUGGGAAGGCAAGUCGGCAGAGGCAGUGUGUUUCUUCAGGCAAUGUUCUGCUGGGAAACCUUGGGUCCUGCCAUUCAUGUGG